CGUCGGGUUUGUUCAUCCCCAGUAUGGCGGUGGGUGCCAUCGCCGGCCGUAUCGUGGGCAUCGCGGUGGAGCAGAUGGCUUAUCAUCAUCACGACUGGAUCAUCUUUAAGAACUGGUGUCGUCCUGGCGCAGACUGCGUCACUCCGGGUCUGUACGCCAUGGUCGGCGCCGCCGCGUGUUUGGGCGGCGUGACGCGGAUGACAGUGUCUCUGGUGGUCAUCAUGUUCGAGCUGACCGGGGGUCUGGAGUACAUCGUUCCUCUGAUGGCGGCCGCCGUCACCAGUAAAUGGGUGGCUGAUGCCUUCGGGAAGGAGGGCAUUUACGAAGCUCACAUCCAGCUCAACGGCUACCCGUACCUGGACCAGGACGAGUUCACGCACCGCACGCUGGCCACCGACGUGAUGCGACCGCGCCGCAACGAGCCGCCGCUGGCCGUCCUGACACAGGACAGCACCACGGUGGAGGAUGUGGAGACGCUCAUUAAAGACACCGACUACAACGGCUUCCCUGUGGUCGUCUCGCGUGAGUCCGAGAGACUCAUCGGCUUCGUGCAGAGACGCGACCUCAUCCUGGCCAUCAAGAACGCGCGUCAGAAGCAGGACGGGGUCGUCAGUAACUCUGUGGUGCAUUUCACUGAAGACGCUCCGCAGAUUCCCGCGUCGAACCCGCAGCCGCUCAAACUCAGACGCAUCCUGAACCUCAGUCCCUUCACCGUCACUGACCACACGCCCAUGGAGACGGUGGUGGACAUCUUCCGCAAGCUGGGCCUGCGCCAGUGUCUGGUCACACGCAGCGGACGUUUGCUGGGAAUCAUUACUAAGAAGGAUGUUCUGCGACACAUGGCACAUAUGAUGAACCAGGAUCCCGAAUCCAUCAUGUUCAACUAGCAGCGCUGUGCCGCGGACUGAAGCUGUACAUACCGCACAACGUCUGAUCUGUUACUAAACACACUUAAAACGUGGCCAAAAGCGGACGACGUGAAGAUAUACGAGUGUUUUUUUUAACUGCUGUUUUUGCCAUGUUUUUAUUUUACGUGCAUUACUUUAAGCCGUGAUGAUCAGCUGUUAAGUGUGGGGCGUCUGACAGGUUUUACUGUGAUUUUGAAGCGAAAGCUGUGCAAAUGUGCAGAUGAGGGUUGUUUCAUCGGUACGUCAGGUCUUUGUGAGUUUAUUAAAUGCAAUAGGUCAAAAUGGAAAAAAUGAUCUAGAAUACUAAUCUGCUGUAUGAUAGUGACUGUUUUGUCCAACACUAGGUUUGUGGGAAUCAUUUCCGUUUUGUUAUUAUUUAUUAAUUUAAUGUGAAUGUUAGUUUUGAGCUACGAGAAUGGUUUUUUGCUGUCGAAUUGAAACAUGAAUAUUGUCCUUGUUAAAAUAAACACUGCAUCUCUGUUACAGAUAUUAAUGUUCAUCCGCUAUUCCAAUUCUGCACAUAAAACUGAGGGUAUGUUAUAAUAAUAAAAAAU